AUGUUUGUCAGCUACCUGUUAUUAACACUGUUCCACACUGAGACAGCAAUGUUAGCAAGACCUGGGGGAGAGAGCAUUGGCUGUGACGACUUCCUGGGCUCCGACAAAGUUGUGGACAAGUGUGGGGUGUGUGGAGGUGAUAACACAGGCUGCCAGGUGGUGUCAGGAGUGUUCAAGCAUGCCCUCACCAGCCUGGGCUACCACCGAGUUGUAGAGAUUCCCCAAGGAGCCACGAAAAUUAACAUUACAGAGAUGCAUAAGAGCAACAACUAUUUGGCCUUGCGAAGUCGCUCUGGCCGCUCCAUCAUCAAUGGGAACUGGGCAAUUGAUCGACCAGGGAAGUAUGAGGGUGGAGGGACAAUGUUCACCUACAAACGACCAAAUGAGAUCUCCAGCACUGCUGGAGAGUCAUUUCUGGCUGAAGGUCCCACCAAUGAGAUUCUGGAUGUCUAUAUGAUACACCAGCAGCCCAAUCCAGGCGUCCACUACGAGUAUGUGAUCAUGGGGAACAAUGCCAUCAGCCCACAGGUGCCACCCCACAGGAGACCAGGAGAGUCUUUCAAUGGGCAGUUGGAAACAGAAGAUAGAAGCUUGGAGGGCAGAGAAGAGAGGGAGAAGAACCAGGAGAAGGAAGACUCACCUGGCCAGGCCCCUGAGGUGUUGACACCAGAAUCCACACACGCACAGACCUUCCCCGUCAGGCACCCCGAUAGAUUCCCUUCCCACCGACCAGACAACUUGGUGCCACCAGCACCACAGCCCCCUAGGCGAAGCCGGGACCACAACUGGAAGCAGCUGGGGACAACAGAAUGCUCCACCACCUGUGGAAAAGGCUCUCAAUACCCCAUCUUCCGCUGUGUGAACAGAAACACACAUGAGGAGGUUCCCGAGAGCUACUGUGACUCCAGCAUGAAGCCGACCCCGGAGGAAGAACCCUGCAACCUCUUCCCCUGCCCAGCCUUCUGGGACAUUGGGGAGUGGUCUGAGUGCAGCAAAACCUGUGGCCUGGGCAUGCAGCACCGCCAGGUCCUGUGCCGCCAGGUAUAUGCCAACCGCAGUCUGACGGUGCAGCCCUACCGAUGCCAGCACCUGGAGAAGCCUGAGACCACCAGCACCUGCCAGCUCAAGAUCUGCAGCGAGUGGCAGAUUCGGACCGACUGGACCUCGUGCUCAGUGCCCUGUGGCGUGGGGCAGCGGACCCGAGACGUGAAGUGUGUGAGCAACAUCGGGGAUAUAGUGGAUGACCAGGAAUGCAACAUGAAGCUCCGGCCAAAUGACAUUGAGAACUGUGACAUGGGACCCUGUGCGAAGAGCUGGUUCCUGACAGAAUGGAGUGAAAGGUGCUCGGCUGAGUGUGGGGCUGGAGUGAGGACUCGUUCCGUAGUGUGUAUGACCAACCAUGUCAGCAGCCUGCCUCUGGAAGGCUGCGGGAACAACAGGCCAGCAGAGACUACACCAUGUGACAAUGGGCCCUGCACAGGCAAGGUGGAAUGGUUUGCUGGCAGCUGGAGUCAGUGUUCCGUGGAGUGUGGCAGUGGGACGCAGCAGAGGGAGGUGAUCUGUGUUAGGAAGAAUGCAGACACCUUUGAAGUGGUAGACCCUUAUGAGUGUUCCUUCCUGGAGAGGCCCCCGAGCCAGCAGGCCUGCCACCUCAAGCCUUGUGGAGCUAAGUGGUUUAGCACAGAAUGGAGCAUGUGCUCCAAGAGCUGUCAGGGAGGAUUCCGGGUCAGGGAAGUGCGGUGUCUGUCUGAUGACAUGACCCCAGGUAGCCUCUGUGACCCCCAACUGAAACCAGAAGAGAGAGAAUCUUGUAAUCCUCAGGACUGUGUCCCUGAAGUUGAUGAAAACUGCAAGGAUAAGUACUACAACUGCAAUGUGGUGGUCCAGGCGCGCCUCUGUGUCUACAACUACUACAAGACUGCCUGCUGUGCCUCUUGCACCCGCGUGGCCAACAAACACACAGGCUUCCUGGGGAGUCGAUAACACUCCUGCUCUCCUGGGGAUGCAAGCAGUGCAUCUGGCUGGUUGCUGCCCUACCAGGGAGUAUCCCCACUCUCACCUUCAUAAAGCGUACCACAUGGUACCCAGGAUGUUAGAAAACCAUGGCUGGCCCUCUGAGCAUCACUCUGUCCUGAUGACUCCCUUCCUUGGGACCUGGCACCUGAUAAUGGUGCCUACUGAAAACCAGCAGUCACGUGCAUGCAGCUCUCAUCCCAACUUCAGGCUUGCUAUUGUCCUAGUCAGCAGCUGGACCACUGACCAAGCACAGUAUCCUUCCUGGUGCUACUGGCCUGUCCAGAACUCACACUCCUUUGGAAAGUCAAGAGAGAAGAGCACUCCAUCCUACAUCACAACAAGCCUUGCUGAGACCUGUACAUCCCUGUUACCUCAGCCCAGCUGUGCCUGUCACCACCAUUCUUAACGACAAUAGACUGUUUGCUGCUUCAGGACAGAGGUAUCUCGAAGUAGAGUGCUUUCUUGUUUACCAGGUACAUACAUUCUCAGACAUUAGCUCACUGGAGGCCCCAGCAUCCCAGGAUAUGAGGCAGGGGAUGAGUAAGUGUUCCCACUUUACUAGCAAGGAAACUGAGGCUUAGCUCAGGUAACUGAGCUGCUGUUUUGUGGCAGGGCUGAGUGCCUACCUCAGGUGGCUGAGCAUAACCUCACCUCACAGCACCUCCAGUGACCAGCCUGGGGUCUGUCCACAGCCUACAGUCUGAAGAAUGAAUGGGGCUUUCUAUCUGACCAGGAGACCAAGUUGUAUUCUAUGAACAGAGCCCACUUCUGAAGCCCUUCCUCUGUCCCCAAGUGCUGCCUCAACCAAGUGCUUAAUUCUUUCAAGAUGCCUGUGUCCCUGUUCCCGUUCCUUCAGUCACAGCUCCUGCAAAUGGGACUCUGUGGUGUUUGCUAAGUUCCAUCCUCAACAGAACCAUCCUACAAGACAAGGAAGCCACAGGGAGAGCAAGAAGGUGGUCAGGGGUUCUCUGGGCUACUCUGCAGCUGGAACAAAGUCCUGAAUCCCACAAGCUCUUGUUCCCCCCCUCUCUCCUGGGCUCUUCAUGGCAUGCUACCUGCUGGAAAGCCAAGCCAGUAGUCCCAGCAAAUCUCCGUGUCGCAAUAGGAGUCUUAUUUGGGCCCUGUUGGUUGAUUAAAGGUUUCUCUCUGGUAGUCUCACAUCCCUCCCCAACCUGCCCCUGUGACUCAUGACCCUUCCUUUCACAAGACUUGACCACCAAGAUCAGUUUCAUUGAUGCAAGUCUGACUCACCUCACCCAACUGUAA